AGCUGCCGGUGCUGACGUCUCCAGUCUUCACCCAGCUCAACACCUCCCUCAAGAACUCCACUGGCGGCACCGCUACGGGCGACUCCACCUCCGACCUCACCACCGCUGACGAGGAAACGGACACCGACACGCUCGACCCCAACAGCAACAUCCAUGCUGCACGACCGCAGGGGCAGCAGGGACAGCAACACCAGCAGCAGGGGCAGCCCCUGCGGUUGGCUGCUUCCGGCCUGCAGCUGGGGGCCCUGCAGCCGCCGGGGCAGCAGGCGGGGCAGCAGGAGGAGGCGGGUAGUGGCGAGGUCUGCGGGGGCGGCGUGGCGGUGGUGGUGGAUGCGGAGGCGACCGGCUACCUCAUGAUGGGGGCGCUCUCGCCGGGUCUGAAGCGCCACGCUGUCACGCUGUUCGAGGGCGGGCGGGUGGCGGGCGAGGAGGUGAUGAGCGAGCUGAUAGACGAGCUGUGGGCGUCGUACGAAGCAGGCCAGUCCUUCGAAGGUGACCUGCUGCGCCUCACCCACUACUCCGCCGCGCUGGCCUCGCUGCUGCAGGCGGUGCGGGCGAGUGCGGGUCCGGGGCGCCCGCUGGAGCUGCUGCGGAAGGAGAGCCUAGCGGGGCUGCACCCGGCGGCGGCGUGCAGGGUCCUCCACCACGCCUACUGCGCGCUGGUACCCAUCAGUCCGCUGCCCCCGCCCGCACUGCCGCUGUCACCCCACCUGCCCGGCCCCGCCUUCUACGGCCCCUCCCUGGAGGCGGGCAGCCCCUGGAUGUCCCUAGCGCUGUACGCGGCGGCUAGGUGCGGCCCGCCCUGCACCGUGUUCGUGUGCGGCCAGCGUGUGCUGCGGCUGCCGCACCCGCUGGACGCCUGCUCGCACGCGCUGCUGACUCCGUGGGACGAGGACAGCGAGGCGGGCAGGGCGGUGCGCGCGCAGGGGGGCGAGGGACAGGUAAUGCUGGUGGAGGCCGCCUUCCUGCUGUACACCCUCAACGAACUGCUCAGUCGUACGGCGGUGCUCGUACAGCCGCUGGACUGUACGGCAGAGGGCUGGAGCCCGGACGUGGUGGACGUACCCCUGCCGCUGCCGUUGCCGCUGCCUGCGGCCCCGGAGGUGCCUGCGGCCUCCUCCUCAUCAUUAUCACUCUCCGCUGCAACAGUGAAGGAUGAGGCCAAGGAGGAGGCCAAGGAGGAGGCCAAGGAGGAGGAGAGGGUGCGAGGGAGCGACGGUGGAGCGGAGGCGGCAGCAGCGGCAGUCAGCGGUGGCGGUGGUGGUGGCGGUGUUGCCCCUCACGGACCCCUGGUGGUGUCAGGCAUCUCGCGCCGCGGCGGUCAGGCCGUCCCCGUCCUCCUGCAGCCCGAGCUGGUGGGGGCGCUGCGGCAGCUGGGCCUCGCGCGCUGCGUGGGGCACAUGCGCCUCAUGCGAACACACCACCCGCACCCGCACCCGCACCCGCCCUCAACGCACCCACCGCCGGUAGAACCGGGGCAGCACACCCACACCGCUGCGCCCAACCAACAACAACAGCAGCAACCACAAGUAAAGCAGCAACGACAACAGCACGGGGAACAAGAAGGGCAGCAGCCGACAGCAGCAGCAGCGGCCUCCGCCUCCUCUUCUUCUUCUCUCCACCGGAGCCACACAGCCGACGUGCCGCCUGCCAGCCAUGGCGGCCCAGCCGCACCCGCCUCCUCCUCCUCCUCCUCCCCCCAGCAGCAGCUGCUGCUACAACAUAGCUACUCAUCGGGAUCUGCCUCCGGUCGAGCCGCACCCGCCGCUCCCCACCCCUCCUCCUCAUCAUCAUCAUCCCUCCAGACCAACCAACCACAACCCACCCCCACCGCUGUGCCAUCCUCGGGGCCCUCCGUCGACGCAAGUUCCAUCAUCAACCAAACUGAACGCUCGCCAGCCCCCGGCAAUGCAAGGAGCAGCUGCCAUGUUACAACCGGCAGCAUCAGCACCAGUGCUGGUGCGGAUGUGGGUCAGACCGCCGCCUCCGCUGCUGCUACCACCGCCGAGGGUUCUGCCUCUGAGGCCGCUGCUGCUGCUCCUGAAGCUGCUGCUGCUGCCAGUGGCGGUUGGGUGCCGCUGGGUGUGCAGCUGGGCGUGCCGCUGCACCCGCUGGCGCUGUGCCGGGCGGUGUGCGGCGCGGCGCAGGCGGCGGAGUUCCUGUCGCCGGCGGGCAGGCAGGCGCAGCUGCAGGCCCACCAGCUGCUGCACGCCCACCUGCUGCGCCUCAUCAGCCAGUACUCCCACCCCGCACAAGACGGCAGCCUGGGCUCGGCGGCGGUGGCGCCCGGGCCCUCCCUGGCUGCAUCGACCGCCAACCCGGCUGCUGCUGCUGGUACGGCUGCUGCUGCUGGUGCUGCCUGGGCAACCCCAUUCUCCUCCUCAGUGCCGCAGGAGGCUUCCGGGCAGCCCUGGCAGGGCGCAGCAGCAGCAGCAGCAGCCUCGCCCGCCCCACCGUCCCAGCAGCUGCCCGCCAGCCAGUCGCCCUCGCCGGGCUCCGGGUCCCGCAUGGCCGACUACUCCAGCUCGGCGGGCGUUGCAGCGGCAGGAGCAGCCGGAGUGGGGCCUGUCAGCUCGGCGGGCGGUGCGGCAGCACGCACUCCUGCUGCUGCCGCCAUGCUGCCGGCCGUGCUGGGGCGGCUGAACGGCGUGUUGCCGCUGCCCUGCGUGAACCUCAGCUUCGACGGCCACAGCCUGCAGCCCAUCCGGCUGCGGGAUUGCGUGCAGGGGCUGGGGUGCGUGUGCCAGGGCUGAGCAGGCUUCAGAGGUUUGCGGGUACUAGCUGUGCUGCUGUAGGGGGAGAGUAAGGCUAGUGGUGUAUGUGGUAAAAUAAAAGAAAUUGAUGAACGGAAUGACGAGGCUUCACCAUGUGCUCAGCUGGCGGGUGGCGUGGUGCAACGCCCCGAUGCGAAAGGUCUCUUGAGGGCGGAGGGGGAGGGGUGCAAGUUUUGGACGAUGUGGUAAAAAGAGGCAGGAACUAACCAACCGUGUGACGACCCUGACUAGACCCUCCAAAUUCCUAUUGUUCCUAAAUAAGCUAUGGAUGGUGGUGUGUAAGUGCGCACGGCAAGGUUCAGGUCAGGCUGCGGUGCGGUUUCCUCCUGUGGUCGGCUGCGGUGCGAUGCGAUGCGAGGGGUGCAACGCUUGUGCCCAAUCGUGGCCGUCUCGGUUCGUAUUUGGUGCGGCUACCCGUACUUAGUUAGCUAGUUACGACACAGGACGCAUGCUGACACUUGCAGCAACCGCGCCUUGAGUUGAGGUGCUCAAUGACACGUGGUAAUGCUUUAGUUGGUGCAGGGUCGUGAUCCCCAUGUAUGGUGUGAUUCACACCCGUGGGAGCGACCCAAACAACAGCUACGACGGUAUUCCGUAACUCGACAUGUAGAGAGCUACCUCGAGAUACACGUUGUCGCCGCCUGAUGCGAGCAUGAGCAUGAGGAAAAAGAAAUUCCAAUGUGUGGUGUGACAGCAUGCUGGGGAC